UUCCCCCAAUUCCUCGUGCGAAUCUCCAAAUCUAAAACCCUAAAAUCUUAACAUUUUUCAAAAUCCUCACGCGAAGAAGGCCAUCUCCGGACGACGCCCGAUCUCGUUGUCGUCCGCUCAUGCCCGUCUCUUCACUCCAGCGUCGUCACAACCUCAUCUACGAACGAUCGGUAAGUCGUCUGUUCCUUCUUCCUUUCUCUCUCUCUUGGAAGGACAAUAUGGAGAUGAUGAUGCAAUCCAGUCGAUCAAUCUUGCUUCCAAAUGUCUACAAUACGAAGCAAGAGAUCGAUCUGAUAUAAAAUUCGUUAUUUCAGCAGUGACGCCACUUCAAAAAUUGGAGAUCAGGCCUCUUUGAAAUGGUGUAGUAUCAUAAAUUAAGCUAUUCCCCUUCUUGUUCUUCUUACUAUCCAAUGGAACCCAAUCAUCCUCAACUUCGACCAAUCUCCCAUUGCUUCAUUACACAUGAAAAUCUUCCCCCACAAUCAAACCAACCCUUCUACUUGGGCCCUUCUGAGCUCCUCCUGCUUUCCGUCCACUACAAUCAGAAAGGCCUUCUCUUUCACAAACCCCCUCAGGCGGCCUUCAACCAUGGAGAUCUCUUUAUGGUUACUCUUCUCCAUCGCCUCAAAACCUCGCUCUCUGCCACUCUCUUUCAUUUCUACCCACUUACCGGCCGCCUUGCUACCACUACCAAUGGGAUUUAUGUUGAUUGCAUUAACAGCCCUGGCGCCAAGUUCAUCCAUGCCGCCCUUGACAUUACAGUCUCUGACAUUCUCUCCCCGCUUCAUGUGCCUUCACUCGUCCAAUCUUUCUUCGACCUCAACAAAGCCCUCAAUUACGAUGGCCAAACCUUGCCUUUGCUAUCCAUUCAGGUAACUGAAUUAUUGGAUGGUGUCUUCAUUGCCUGCUCUUUCAACCAUUGUCUUGGCGAUGGAACUUCCAUUUGGAAUUUCUUCAACACGUGGUCUGAUGUCUUUCAAGCUCCAUCGUCUGAAGACAGUUAUGGAAUUAAUUCAAUUUCACAACCACCCAUUCUAGAUCGGUGGUUUCCUGAUGGGUACGAUCCAGUUAUCAAUAUCCCCUUUACAGAUCCAAGUCAAUUUAUUAGCCGAUUCGAAGUGCCCGAGUUAAGGAGGAGAUUUUUCCACUUCUCAGCAAAAUCAAUUGCAGAUUUGAAAGCAAAAGCCAACAAAGAGUGCAAUACCAAAGAUAUUUCCUCCUUUCAAACGUUGACCGCACUUGUAUGGCGAGCCAUAACGCGAGCUCGUCGCAUACCGCUGGAUCAAAGCACCUGUUGCGUGAUGUCAGCAAAUUACAGAGGAAGACUAAAACCAGCGUUGCCUGAAAAUUACUUAGGCAACAUGAUUACAUCAGUGAAAGUGGAUGCAAAAGUAGGGGAGUUGGUUGAAAGAGGGUUGGGUUGGGGUGCACGGAAAUUGCACGAAGCUGUGAAGAACCUCACGUACGAAAAGAUAAGAGAAUCACUUGAGGAGUGGAUCAAGUGCCCAUAUACUUAUCAAUGGGGUUCUAUUUUGAAUCCGAAUAUAAUCAAGAUGGGGGGCUGGUCCAAAUUCAAUGUGUAUGGAUCCGAAUUCGGAAUGGGGAAAGCAGUUGGAGUUCGAAGUGGAUAUGGCAACACAUUCGACGGAAAGGUUAUUGUUUAUCCUGGGUGUGAAGGGGGAGGAAGUGUAGAUUUAGAGAUAUGUUUGCUCCCACAAAAUAUGGCAAAUUUGGAGUCUGAUUUGGAGUUGAUGAACGCUAUAUCUUCUUCUCCACCUCACUUCUCAUGCUAAUAAUCCUCAUCUAUCAACCAUUCAAUGACAGGAUGAUCAUUUUCUUCUGUUUUUCUAGAAAGUAUUUUGUUAUGGUUCACUUUUUUUUUGUUGUUGUAAUAACAUUUUAUGUAUAUUACUUUGUUUAGGUUAUUGUAUAAUGCAAAAGCUUAAUAUAUCACUUCAUAAACUCUAAUCACAA